GCCUUUUUACCCUCUCUACCCCUCCAUAAUUCUACAAGCCUCUCUCUCUCUCUCUCUCACACACACACACACAUCUACCACUUUCUGCUCUCUGCAAUUUUUUUAGUUUAGCAGAGAAUCAGUACAAUUUGUGCCACAAAUCAAACCACCACCACCACUUCCUUCCUCAUUUCAAAACCACCAUAAAUUCUCAACAUUUAAUGCACUCAACAACAAUACCACUAGCAGUUUUCCAGUCACCAGCUACCCGGUUUUACUGUUAAUGGGAAACUAGCUUCACCGUCAGAAUGGGAUGUGUGCUCGGUAAGAGAGCCACUCCAGAUCAUCGCCCAAAGUCCCGGAGUGGGGAAGAAUCCUUAGCUAAGCAAAACGUCAAACAGGUGGUGUCCGGUGGAGUUAGGGGUAAUAGAAAGGAUGGAGCAGUUGAAAGAAUCAGGCAAUCCAUCGGGGAAGUUCCGGCGCCGGACCGCCACAGACCGAGGCCAGAGUAUACCUUGAAGACCUCUCAAGGAUGGCCGUCGUGGCUGUGCGACGUUGCUGGCGAAGCCAUCAAAGAUUGGACACCUCGUCGUGCAAAUACCUUCGAGAAACUCGAUAAGAUUGGGCAAGGGACCUAUAGCAAUGUAUAUAAAGCGAGGGAUUUGAUAACAGGGAAGAUAGUUGCUUUGAAGAAAGUUAGAUUUGAUAAUUUAGAGCCAGAAAGUGUGAAGUUCAUGGCAAGAGAGAUUCUUAUACUGAAGAAGCUAAAUCAUCCUAAUAUUAUCAAGCUUGAAGGAUUGGUUACAUCAAGAAUGUCUUGUAGUCUCUACCUUGUGUUUGAAUACAUGGAACAUGAUCUCUCUGGUCUUUCUGCUGUCCAAGGUGUCAAGUUUACAGAGCCACAGGUGAAGUGCUACAUGAAGCAACUACUUUCUGGGCUUGAGCAUUGCCACAAGAAUGGUGUGCUACACCGUGAUAUCAAGGGCUCAAAUUUACUUAUUGACAAUGAUGGGAUUCUGAAGAUUGCUGAUUUUGGAUUGGCUUCUUUCUUUAAUCCACAAAAUAAGCAACCAAUGACAAGUCGUGUUGUUACCCUUUGGUAUCGACCCCCUGAGCUUCUUCUUGGUGCCUCUUAUUAUGGUGUCAGUGUUGACCUUUGGAGUGCUGGCUGCAUUUUGGCUGAGCUUCUUGCUGGGAAACCCAUAUUGCCAGGAAGAACAGAGGUUGAACAACUACACAAGAUUUUUAAAUUAUGUGGCUCUCCAUCAGAUGAAUAUUGGAAGAAAUACCGAUUACCAAAUGCAACACUUUUCAAGCCACAACAUCCUUACAGGCGUUGUACAAUAGAAACAUUCAAGGACUUUCCACCUUCUUCUCUACCUUUACUAGAAACUCUUCUUGCAAUCGAUCCUAAGGACAGAGGCACUGCCACUUCCGCCCUCAAUAGCAAUUUCUUCAACACCGAACCUUAUGCUUGUGAACCAUCAGAAUUACCAAAAUACCCUCCAAGCAAAGAAAUAGAUGUCAAAUUGAGGGACGAGGAAGCUAGAAGGCAAAGAGGUUUAAGCAGUAAAUCUCAUGCUGUGGAUGGAAAUAGAAGAACAAGGACACGUGACCGGGUUAGCCGUGCAGUUCCAGCUCCAGAAGCCAAUGCAGAAAUCCAAUCAAAUUUAGAUAAAAGGAGAGUUGUGACAGAAGCAAAUGCAAAAAGCAAGAGUGAAAAAUUCCCACCUCCCCAUCAAGAUGCAGCUGUGGGGUACCCGUCAAAUAAUGGUGGGCCCCUGUCUUUCUGCACAAAUGAUGACAAUUCAUUUGGGUCUUCAAGAUCCGUCAAAGAACCCGGGUCCAUGGGCGGGUCAUCAAGGCAAAAAAGGGGGAAGAAAGAACGUGUGUCACGUAACUUCAUUCGAACAUUCCUUCCAAGCCUAUCGAUGGAUUUAGGAUUCUGGAGUAAAGAAUCCGUUUCCGAGGUUUUUGGCAGAAGGUAGAUGAGAGAUGCAGUUUAAGGGUGUAAUUGGUAAUUGGUAGGAUGGAAUUGUGGAGAAAGGAGAAAUGGAAUCGAUCCCACUUUUUGUACGAGAAAAAUCCACUUGAGGUGUGGUGAGGUAUUUGAUUGUUAGUUGUAUAAUCUAUAAUGCACCAAAGGGAGAAACAAUGGAUUCUUGUUCAUAAUUUGCAAAAUGCAAUUCCAAUUCCCUUGUACAGUUUCUGAAAAUUAUGUAUUUUAGAUAUGAAGAUUGUUUGUGGAGGAGGCCACUUGGAU